AUGGAGAGAAAAAGCUUCCUAGAUCAAGAGCCGCCGCCAGGGUAUAUUGCCGGUAUAGGCCGUGGAGCCACUGGAUUUACUACACAAGCAGAUCUGGGGAGCUCUCGACGGCUUCCUGCGGGCUCGUUCGCGCCGGAGGACGACAACAACGUGGAUGAGGAUGGGAGGUUUCUAGACGCAGACAACGACGACACUGGCAGAUUUGGUAGCGUUGCCGAUGAAGAUGAUGAUGCGGACCGGAUAUAUGACGAAAUUGAGGCCAAGCUGCAACGCAAAAAAGCUAGGCCCAGAAAAAGAGCACUGAAAAAUGCUCUAGAGGACGAAAACAAGGUCCAAGUGCAGGAAAUCAGUAUUGGCCAGUCCAUCCGCACAAUCGGCGAGGAGUUCAAGGAGUACAAGGAGAAACUUUCGGAAGUUUCCACCGAAGACUGGCUGAAUCUGCCGGAUUCUGGGGAUUUCACAAAACGGAAUAAAAGAGCACGCAAAGAGAUGCAGGAGCGCCAGAGAUUUUACAGAAAUUCGGACUUCGUUACCAGCGGGCUGCGUGAUGUGGGCAGUACAGGGGAUCAGGCUCUUUUGGACGAGAAAGAUGUGGACCUAACUGGGCUCUCUCUUGCCAAGGAAAAAGUGCUUGCUGGACAACUAACGAAUCUCCGAGACGACAAGGCAGAGUCUGUCGAUGCGGAGACCUAUUUGAGCCAGUUGCAGGAGGUUUCUGGCGAGAUUAGCACGGAAAUCGGGGAUUAUCAUAAAACACGGACACUUUUUGCCAAAAUGCGAGAAACUAAUCCAUACAAGCCAGACGCAUGGAUAGCCAGUGCGCGGCUCGAGUACGAGGCAAAAAAAUACAAGCGUGCGCGGGAACUGAUCCAGCAGGGCUGCGAGAAGUGUCCAAAGUCCGAAGAGGCGUGGCUGGUGAACAUUGAGAUGAACAAACAGGACGUUUCUGUGUGCAAGGUGAUCAUUGCCGAGGCUGUGCGGUACAACACCAAGUCGGUGCGCUUGUGGCUCUGUGCUGCUUCUUUGGAAACGGAUAGUGUGUCCAAAAAACGAAUUUUACGGAAAGCUCUCGAAUUCCUGCCACGGAGCAGCGAGCUGUGGUUGGAAGUGGUAAAGUAUGAAGAGGAUGAGACAAUGGCGUUGCGAAUGCUGCAGAAAGCGACAGAGUUGGUCCCUGGCAAUGUUUUGUUGUGGCUUGAGUACGCACGGCGCGGGAACUCCAAGCAGAUUCUUGAGGAGGCUUUGGAGAAGGUUGAUUCUGCCGAUGCGCACACCGUCUGGAUAGAAAUGGCCAAGGAAGAGGAGCAAAGGACCGGCAACGAGGUCAAAAUUGGCCAUAUUGUUGAGUCUUGCUUCGAGCACACGUCUUUGGAUAGAGAGACGUGGCUGGACAUUGCGUCGCAGUGCGAAAAAGGUGGCUUCUCACUAGUAGCCAGAGCCAUUGUGUUCAACAGCAUGAACUUGGGCGUCACUGACGACGACAAGCUUGAUGUUUGGAAAGCCGAUGCUUUGGAGAGAUCACCCGAAAUAUCCAGAUCGAUAUACAUGUUCAUCACGGCAAACUUUCCACAAGAUAUUGAAAGUUGGAUGAAUUUCAUCAAAAUGGAGAAAACACUCAAACAAUACGACCAGCUUUAUGUUGUUUAUGAGAUGGCCACACGUGCAAAUCCAAAAUACGAAAUGUUUUAUCUGAUGUAUGCUAAAGACAAGUGGAAAGAAGACGGUGAUGUCGAGAAAGCAAAGGCGAUCAUUGAAGAGGGGCUGCAGAUUAACCCAGACUCCGAAGAUCUCUGGUUUGCGGCACUAAAGCUGCGCUCAGGAGAAGAAGCCAGACAGCUGUUUGUCAAGUGCAGAGAACAGCUCGGCAAAAAGACAGCUCGGGUAUGGUACAAAAACGUCACUUUUGAGAGGCAGAACGAGAAUUUGAUAGCGGCCAAGAAACUUGCCGAACAGGGCAUCCAGCAUCAUCCAAAAGAGUUCAAAUUAUACCUGCAAUGGGGCCAGAUUUUAGAGGAAGAAAACCGGCUGACACAGGCUGCAGAAAUAUACCUCAAAGGAACGUUAAUGUGUCCAAACAGCCCGCUACUCUGGGUUUAUCUUGUGCGAGCAUACGAAAAACUAGGCAAUUUGAUCAAGGCGCGCUCGAUUCUGGACCAGGCAGUGAUCUCUAAUCCGUUCAGUGACCAGAUCCAGCUGGAACGUGUGUUGCUGGAAGAAAGAGCACACAACCGUUCUCAAGCCGAGCGCAUCCUGUCCACUGCUCUUAAGAAGCUUCCCAACUCGGCGGUGCUAUGGCGUCAGAACAUCCUCUAUGCAAAACCGUCGCACCGCAAGAACUUGUACACCACGGCUCUAAACUCCACCAACGACCACCCGAUGAUUAUUCUUACCAUUGCCAAAGAUAUGUGGCUUUCUGGCAAAGUUGCACGCGCGAAGCAGUUUUUCGAUGCCUGCUACGAAAAGGACGCCGGCUAUGGCGACUACUAUAUCCACUACUACGCAUUUUUGAUGAAACACGGGACGAAGGGUGAAAUUCGGGAGCUCGAGGCUCGUUUCAAGGAAAACGAUCCUCAUUCCGGCGAAGAGUGGUGUGCACUGAUGAAAGACGUCCAUAGGAAGGACACAGAUCUGGAAUUGUUGAGAAAGGCGGCGGAAAAGGCAGCAGGGAAGAAAUAA